ACUGUAUCGCAUGUUGGACUUUGAGUAGAGAGUAGUUAUGUUCUUGAUUUCGUAAGUUACCGGUAAGUCAGGCUAACGUUAUUUAAGUCCCGUCUGCUAGCUUUGAAUCAACAGGACUUUAGCAGGAGCAGCUAACGGUUACUUUACACCCACCAUCACUUCCGCUUCUGUUUGAGACUGGUUUGAGAGUUCACUUUAGGUGACACAGUGGCAACACAGUGGUGCGGGUCGGUCGCAGGUGAGCUACCAAAGUCCACAUAAACUGUCUUUAACAUGGUUUACAACAAAGAGACAGACCCUGAGCCUCGGGUCUACGGUUACACCAGGACAGGCUCCGCAGUGCUGACCCACUGUGUCUGUAUCGUCUUCACUGUGUUCAUCACAGUCCUGUCUCGACCGGGUACAAGCUGGUUUUCCUGGCAUCCUUUCUUUAUGACAUUAGCGUUCACCUUCUUCAUGACAGAAGCCAUACUCCUCUUCUCCCCCCAUGGCUCCCUCAUCAAAAAGUAUCCACACAAGACCAAAGGUCGUGUUCACUGGAUCCUGCAGUGCCUCUGUGUGUCCUGUGCUUUCCUUGGUCUGGCAGCCAUCUUUUACAACAAACACCUGAAUGGUAAAGCCCACUUCACCUCGUGGCACGGUCUGCUGGGCCUGGUCACCGUGUGUGUGGCGGGGGUGCAGUCUUUGGCAGCUUUGCCUCUCAUCUACCACUCUCUGGCCAAAGGCUGGUCCCUGGCCAAACUCAAACGCUACCAUGCGGCAUCCGGACUCGUCACAUACCUGUUGGGCAGUGCCAGCCUGCUCCUCGGCCUGAGCUCUGCCUGGUUCACUGCAUCUGUCGGGGAAUACACCUGGUACCUGUCAGUGCUCUGUGCCACUCUCAAUGCCCUCGUCAUAAUGAGCCAAGUCAGCAGAGCGUACACGGCCAAGAAACGGCUGCACUCCUGACAGAAGACACAGUAGUGACACUUUUAAACACUCGCUGAAUACUUGUGCAAGGCUUGCCUUGGAGAUUUCACUUUUUUGUCACAUGCAAUCAGCUUGAUUUGCAUGAAAGGAACUGAUGUCUGUAGCUGCUUUGAAGGUCCUGUCUCGUCAUGAAGCACCGGUGCCAAGUUUGGAUGAUUAGAUACUUCUUUGCCUUUUUUUUUUUUUUUUUUUUACAUGGCUUACACAGGACCACUAUUUCUUUUCUAGGAGUUUGGGAGGUUUAGCAGCUCGAGUUGUCAUUUGACAGUUACACAUUUCACAUGUUGGGCUUUAAUUUAUGACCAAAUACUUCCACAAUUAUUGACGUUCCCAUCAGCCCCAGCUCCACUUUGUGUUUACUGCUAAUUAGCACGUUAGCAUGCUAUCAUGCUGAGCUGAGCUAGUGAACAUGAUACCUGCUUAUAAUCAGUAUGCCAGCAUGCUAGUGUUAGCAUUUUGCAAAGCAUUGCUGCUCCGCCUCACAGAGCUGCUAGCAUGGCCGUUGUAGACUGAAUUGCUUGAAAUGUGACUGAUUUUAGGGACAAAAAAAUAAUUUCAUUAAAAUAAAAGGGAUUUAAAGGUCCAGUGUGUUGGAUUUAGUGGCAUCUAGUGAUGCGAUAUCAGAACUGAAACGUCUUCCUUGUGCUAAGCAUGUAGGUAAACUAUGGUGGUUGAUGCAAAAAUGCAAACAACCCUAUGUAGAGCCAGUGUUUGAUUUGUCCAUUCUGGGCUACUGUAGCGGCUACACCUAAACUUAGAGCCACAUUGAGCAGUGUAAACCUCACGUGAUGUGUCCCAGCGUUGUAGUCAGAAAAUGAUGUGUGCUCCAACGUCUAGCAACACCUGUACCUCAGUUGAUGGUUCCCACCUAGAUUGGCAGACACCCAUGACAAUACAGUGAUGCCUACAGGACAAAUUAGCAACCUACACACAUGGCAACUGUAGAACAGCAUAAUGGACUGCGUGGAACAGGCCCCCAGAAGUUGUGCUGUGCUUUGAAGCCAGUUUUCAUAGUGGCCAAACAGUGGGAUUCCGUCAGUCACGUGAUGCUAUGUGGCUCAGUAAGCCUUUUUUCCCUAUAGACCACCAUGGCGAUAAGUUGAUAACUUUUUUUGAGCAUCACAGCCCCUGCAAAAUGACUUGUUUCACUAUCGAGAUUUGAUACAUUUGGUCUGUUAACAUUUGGAAAGUCGAGAAGAGCUGCACCUUUGAAUCAUUUCAUCCCAAUUUAAGAUAGUGAAGCACUGAACUGGAAGUAGUCAAAAGUCUCUAAUGUGCCUGCUCUAUGGGCCACACAGUCCGGAAGCAGUGCCGAUCAUGUGGGUAAUUUUAAAGGCGGCAGCGGGACCUUCUUGGCUUCAUGUGCCAAUGAGCAACUUUCCUGGGAAUGAACAGGGUCCCGCCACCUACGCUGUAACCAGUUCUUGUUAUACAUUCAUGCCAUGGAAGAGGACCUGCUCUAUAUGUGGUAUAAACAGCUCAUUCGAAGGUAACAAAAACAUGAUUUUUAUUUUCAGGUGAUUAAAAACCAAUGGAAAUGUAGUUAUGAAUGUUAUACACCAUUUCUGCCAAUAGGUGCCCCUGAAUCCUACACACUGUACCUUUAAUAUUCUCAACUGACUUGACAAACCGUGCAGUAUGAAGGUUUAGACAGCUUUUACGCCAUUAUUUGGGGGACAGAAUUUCAGAAAAUAUUAGUUAAAUUAUUAAAUAAAACAUUUUUUUUUAUUGCUAGUCAACACCUCCUGUUUGAGGUUGGAUUUGUGACCUCAGUAUUUCUAAGAUCCUGCCAGUGGUCCUGAAUAAGUGCUGAAUUAUUGUAUCUCAGGUUGAUUAUGCUGCCUUUUAACUAUUUAUGCUGCCUUUGAUUCCUUAUUUGGCCAAAUGUUUGAAUGGAAAUAUUAAAUGAUACAGAAGAUAUGAUGUAAAUUAAAAGCAUUUGUAAAAGA